GUCACGUCACGAUCUAACGGAGACAAGUAAUCAAAAUGCCGCUAUGGCGUUAAGCAGUUUAGCUGUCUAGCUUCCUAGCUCAUGAUUUUCAUGCGGCGCGCGCUUUUGGAAAGGUUAAGUAGGGGUUAGUUUUAGUUGCGCAGUGGAAGGCGGAGGAGGGCAGUUGUUCGUACACAGUUUAGAGGGCGCUGAAGUUACAUUAAGAGCAAGAAAUGGAUUCUGACAUUUCGUUCAGAUUUGUAAAAUGGGACUUUUAAAGAGAAAUAAUGUACUGUAGCGCAUACAAAGUUACACUAAUCGCAAAGAAAUGGUCGUGCAUUCGUUUCCUUAAGAUGAUCUUAUGGUUUCAUUUGUAAAACACGUUGCCAGCACAAAUAAAAGUCGAUAAUUUACUAGAGCUAUGUUUGAGUUUACAUAUAAGGGUGUAAACAUUUCUGUUCCAAGUACCGGAGGUAAAGAAUGUGCCAACUAUUUACCUAUGCAGAGAAGGGCAUGGGAAACAGUUCUUGGGAUAGCAUUUUCUGGUCUGUUAAUUUGGUUUGGAUGGAAGAAUCUACAUCCAGUUUCAAAGCCAUCUUCACUACAAUGGAGAGAUCGUUUUGGACGAAACAUUUUGCUGGUUUCAAUGUGUCUUGUGAUUGGAUGUGAAAUUGGGUUUAAACUGCAGGCCCAAAGUACAAUUUUUCUUCUGAACCCAUGUCAUGUCACUACAGCAAUACAGAUUUACCUUUUGGCGGGACAGCCAAGCAAAAUGCUAACAUCUGCCUUUCGAAUUCACCUCAAUUUUUUGAAUGGCCCCAUACUUGCAACAGUGUUUCCAGAAACACUAUCUAGACAGUUACCGUGUGAGCUGUUUGUAUACUGGGCACAACAUGGACUAAUGGUGAUUGCACCUUUUUAUAUGCUUCGUCUUGGAGGUGUAUACAAUGUGGAACCCAUUACUGAUCUGAGCUGGUGUCUUUUCUCAUACGGGUUGCUUAUUAUGUACCAUUUCGUAAUUCUCCAGGGAUUGGGAUUGCCCUCUGAAAUAAAUCUGAAUAAGAUGCUGUGUCCUGCAUCUAAAGAUCCAUUUUCAGGCCAAAAUUACCGAAUAUGGGGAACUCUUCACCAGAUGUUACUCUGUCCCCUUGCAUGCAAAUUAUUUAUUGUUGGUGCAAAGUAUAUUCUCACCGAAUGCAGUUACACCAAGGUCAAAGAACAACUUCAAGAUGAAUUACCUCCACCAAUAGACCUCGCAAAGUCUAAAAAACAAUCGGAAGACUAAAGCACUGUGAUUAUUAUCUCUUUAUUCUCUCUAAAGAACAUUAUGAAGUGCCCCCUUUUAACUAUCUAGAUUUUUCUUCUUCUUUUAAUGUUAAAAUUGCAAUAUUUAUCUGAAAAUUAAUUUCUAAACUUUAGUAAUACAAUUAGAACAAUUUCGGAUGGGUCAAAGACAGAAAUGCUGAUUGGUGUGUAUGUUCAUUUCACAUUAAAAGAAACAAAUUUAGCAGUGACUUUUUUGAGUGUGUUUGUGCGUGUGCUAUGCACUUUUGCGAAUGGUUUGGGUAUUAAAUUAAAUAAAUAAGGGUAAUUGAUAUUGUUAAUACACUUUUUAAAGAUGUCUUACAGUUUUUAAUAGCUUGGUAAAUGUUUUCAAUUAAUAAUUCUUCAGGAACUUGAAAUUAUGUUCCAACUAUGGUGUUUUUCCUCCUUAUGGCCAAAGCAGCCAUGUGCCUUAUUCCAUGAAGGCUGUGCUUAGGUUUAUUUUGGCAUAGCGUGAUAUGCCGUAAACAAACCACACUCCAAAAAAAAUUAUUGGAGGAAAGUAAUGUGAUGGUUUAUAAAAGUGAGACAUGUUGCUAUACUCAGAAUCUUCUGAGUAAUUGAUCACAACAAAAUCAUAAUGCUAGUCAGUCCAUUGUUAAUGAACAUGUUAAUGUGUUCCUAUUAGACUCCGUCUUACAAGACUAAGUGAUCUCUGUUUCUUUUAUACUGUUGGCUAAGGUAAAGUAAAGCAAUUUUAAUCACACUUGAAACCACUCUUGGUGCGGAAUCUCAUAGUAUACAUUCCUGCGUUGAAUGUAAUCUUUCAAAACUCCCCAGUCUGUUGUUAGGGGAGAGAGUUAUUGAUUUGUAUGUUUAAUAUUACAAAUUAGCCGGUGGAAUGAUUCUCACUGUGUAUGGUGACCAUUCCAUUAAUAAUCAUUGUCUCAAAUGACAAUAUGUAGCCUUGAUAAAUUUGCUAUUUCACUAGUCUUUAUGCACAGUAUUUCCACUAUGACACACAUGAUUUGUUUCUUGUGUACCAUGAUUGCCUUUCAUCAAGACGUUUUGUAUGUUCAUAUAAACUUGUUGACAAAUAUAAAUAGCACUUUUAUUUUGCACUUAUUUUGAAAAGAGAUAAAAAAGGAAUGUUUUUUUAAAGCACAUGAGCAAUGAGUUUUACAGAGUAUAUUUAUUAAAACUUCAAGCAAUGGUGUAGAAAUGUUGUUUAAGUAAUUUGUCUGGGCUUAGGUGAAAUAUUUCACUCAUGAAAGUGAAAGCAACGCAAUUAAUGAGAAAACCUGAGGAUGGCAAAAUGUGUUAGUUGUGUUGUCAAUGCACCUCUUUGUGCUUUCAUGGGUAGCAUGGUAAAAGUAGGUACAAAUCAAAGAAUAUUCUAAGUUAAUUUUAUGCAUAGUGCUGCCAGCCAGGGCGCGAACUUAUUGCUUGGUAGGCAUUUUUUGCAUAGUGUGGAAAAUGGAAUGUACCACUUUUAUUGCUCACUGCACUGCAAGUAAUUUGAAUUGGAGAUACUGCCAAUUAGGAUGAUAAAUCAGGUGGUUUGAUUGAAAAAAAAUAAAUAAAAAAGGACGUUCUU